CCACGACGGCUAAACUUAGCAAACCUGUGGCAGAGGUGAAAUGAAGUCAGCUCUGUCCUCACUCGCGAGUUCAAAGAAUCUCAAUCAAUCUCCUCUCGCUCGCUCUAUCCUGCGCCCUGCAUUCGUUUCUCGCAGAAUCCAUUUCGUCCCCGCGGUCCGCCGAAUCAAUCCCACUCCGGCCAACUUGGGGAGCAAUAUCUCUGAUCAUCGCAGCCUGAGGCUUAGAGCAAUGGCAUCGACUUUCAACCCGGAGAAAGCGAGGUCCCCUCCUGCUGUUCCCUUGCCAACUCCACCUGUCACAAAGUUCAAGAUUGGACUUUGCCAGUUAUCCGUGACGCCGGAUAAAGAGAGGAACAUUGCGCAUGCUCGAAAGGCCAUCGAGGACGCUGCAGGGAAGGGCGCCCAGCUUGUUCUGUUGCCGGAGAUAUGGAAUAGUCCCUAUUCAAAUGACAGCUUCCCAGUUUAUGCUGAAGACAUUGAUGCCAAAGGUGAUGCAUCUCCAUCAACAGCUAUGUUGUCUGAAGUUUCUCAUCGUUUGAAGAUUACCAUAGUUGGUGGCUCCAUACCUGAACGUUGUGGGGAUAAGUUGUAUAACACUUGUUGUGUCUUCGGUACUGAUGGAAAGCUGAAAGCAAAGCACCGGAAGAUUCACCUUUUUGAUAUUGAUAUUCCUGGGAAGAUAACCUUCAUGGAAUCAAAGACACUCACUGGAGGGGAGUCCCCCACUAUUGUGGACACAGAUGUUGGGCAUAUUGGUAUAGGUAUCUGUUAUGACAUUAGAUUUCAGGAACUGGCAAUGAUAUAUGCAGCAAGAGGUGCUCAUUUGCUUUGUUAUCCUGGAGCAUUUAACAUGACAACUGGACCCUUGCAUUGGGAAUUAUUGCAGAGGGCUAGGGCAGCAGAUAAUCAGUUGUAUGUGGCUACUUGUUCACCUGCUAGAGAUGCUAAAGCUGGUUAUGUAGCCUGGGGCCACUCCACUCUUGUAGGACCUUUUGGAGAAGUUCUUGCUACCACGGAACAUAAUGAGGACAUUGUUAUAGCGGAGAUUGAUUAUUCUGUGCUUGAGCAAAGGAGGACAAGUCUCCCCUUAACAAAGCAACGGCGUGGCGAUUUAUACCAGCUGGUAGACAUCCAGAGACUCAAGUCUCAGUGAUUAGAGCAACAGUAGAUGUUUAAGAUCGUUUGAUUAAGUGAUCGAUGAUUCGUUGGAUGAAACUGUCUUGGCCCUGGCUAGCUCUUGUUUAGAAAAACUAUGGGAAUAAACAGAGCCAAGAAACUUGGUUAGGGGACGAAAUUUAUUGUUAAAGAUUUAAGUCUUUAAAAAUAUCUUUUAUGACACUAAUUUGUUUUCUUUAAAUCUUCUCUCUUAUAGAAAGAUUUACCUGCAGUCUUUUUUACUGAUGUAUUUUUAACAAAAAUUAAAAAUAAAU